AUGAGUGUCGAAACCCAGAGGGCGGCGCACCUUGUCGCUGACAGCGAGACGAUGCGAUGGAAGUAUCUCGACCAGAUCAGACGCAACCCGGGCCCCUUGACGGAUCCGAUGGCGGUGGAAGAGGAGUUUCUGGCCCAGUUUGAGAAGUUCAAGAUCUUUGGUGCAGGUGGUCUGGGAUGCGAGAUUUUGAAGAAUCUGGCCAUGUCCAAGUUCAAGGAUAUCCAUGUAAUCGAUAUGGACACCAUCGACAUCUCUAAUUUGAACCGACAAUUCCUCUUUCGAAAGUCAGACGUGGGCAAGUUCAAGGCGGAGGUAGCAGCGAGAUUCGUCGAGCAAAGAGUAAAGGGCGUUAAAAUCACCGCUCACAAUAACCGCAUUCAGGACUUUGACGACGAGUUUUACAAGCAGUUUCAGCUCGUCAUCUGCGGCCUGGACAGCAUCGAAGCUCGGCGGUGGAUCAAUGCUAUGCUAGUCUCCAUCGCUGAGGAGGCAGAGGAUCCCGAUGGAAUCAAACCGUUGAUCGACGGCGGCACUGAGGGCUUCAAGGGACAGGCGCGAGUUAUCCUCCCCUCAAUUACUUCGUGUAUAGAGUGUCAGCUCGAUAUGCACGCUCCCAGAGCUGCUGUCCCUCUUUGCACUAUUGCCUCUAUUCCGAGACAGCCGGAGCAUUGCGUCGAAUGGGCCCAUGUCAUUGCCUGGGAAGAGGAGAAACCCUUUCCUAAGCUCGACAAGGACGACCCCGAGCACGUCACAUGGAUCUAUCAGAAGGCCCUGAAGCGCGCAGAGGAGUUCAAUAUCCCAGGAAUCACAUACUCGCUUACUCAGGGAACGAUCAAGAACAUUAUUCCUGCCAUUGCUUCAACAAACGCCAUCAUUGCCGCUGCCUGUUGCAAUGAGGCAUUCAAGAUUGCUACCAACUCGGCGCCAUGCCUGGGUUUCGAGAACAACUACAUGAUGUAUUCUGGCAACGACAGCAUAUAUACCUACACGUUCAAGCAUGAGAAAAAGGAAGACUGUCCAGUCUGCGGCCGAGAGGCUCGACCCUUGGAAGCUGAUCCCAACAUGACCCUCCAAGAUUUAUUGGAUUCUCUGGCCCUUCGUCCCGAAGCUCAGCUGAAGAAACCAUCCAUACGUGCAGAGGGGAAGACUCUGUACAUGCAAGUGCCGCAAAGCUUGGAGGAACAGACCAGACCGAAUCUGAGCAAGUCUCUCAAGGACCUUGGGCUCGAGAAUGGACAGGAAGUUGUGGUUACGGAUCCUGCAUUCCCUCUUGAAUUCAACUUUUAUUUCAGGUUCAAGGCGGCGGAGAGCUCUUAA